AUGAAUCCCGACGAUGACGCUCCGCCCGAGCUUGUCGAGGCCGAGCCAGUACCGGCAUUGGAAGAACAAGAGGAGAAGCUUGUCAAAGUCCCCAUCACCAUCGUAACUGGAUACUUGGGAGCUGGAAAGACCACACUUCUCAAUUACAUCCUGACCGCGCGUCAUGGCAAGAAGAUUGCAGUCAUCAUGAAUGAAUUUGGCGACUCUCUUGAUAUUGAAAAGUCACUCACGGUGAACAAUGGUGGCGAGCAAGUGGAAGAGUGGCUCGAGGUGGGCAACGGCUGCAUAUGUUGCUCAGUGAAAGACACCGGAGUCAAUGCGAUUGAAUCGCUGAUGGAGAAGAAGGGCGCAUUCGACUACAUCCUCCUAGAGACCACAGGUCUGGCUGAUCCAGGCAACCUGGCACCCCUGUUCUGGGUCGAUGAUGGCCUGGGCAGCACAAUCUACUUGGAUGGCAUCGUCACCUUAGUCGAUGCCAAGAAUAUCCUACGCAGCUUAGACGAUCCGGCCGGAAAGGUUGAGGGACACGAGGACCAUGAUGAUCGCGGACCCCUGUUGACUACGGCCCAUGUCCAGAUCUCGCACGCAGAUGUGGUCGUCAUCAACAAGUCAGAUUUGGUCGAUGCCAGUGAGCUUGGGAGUGUCAAGGCGCGCAUACAGGCGAUCAACGGGCUCGCGAAAAUCCAUGUGACGAAGCAGAGCAUGGUACCCCAGCUGGAGGGACUCCUGCUGGACAUACAUGCCUAUGACCAGGUUGAGGUGCUGGACAACGUGGGGAAAGGGCAUAGUCAUCUUGAUGCCACUAUCUCCACAGUCACGGUCAAUGUUCCACUACUAGCCCCAGAUCAACUCAAGAAGGUAGACGUUUGGCUGAGGUCGAUCUUGUGGGACAACAAAGUGCCCGGAGUAGGGCUCGAUCCGCAGACGCCGAUUGAGAUACAUCGUUCGAAAGCUCGGUUGGUCUUCGAAGACGGCAGCGUGAAACUGGUUCAGGGUGUUCGAGAGGUGUUUGAGAUAUUGGAUGGGGAGCGGUUGUCCAUGCAAGAUGGAAAUGCCACGCAGACGGGCAAAGUUGUGCUCAUUGGAAGAGGCCUACAUGGGGUUGACUUUGAGCAUAGUCUGACUACAGUGCUGAAUAGGUAA